AUGAACGAACGAGGCAAGGAAUUGCCUGUAGUCAUGUUGGAGUUUUGGCAAUCAGAUACAACGAGAGAGAAUGAUUACAAAGAAUAUAUUCAAAAUGGGACGAACAUCAUCGAUUUGGGAGAAUUAGGACCCAUUGGCAGAAGAGGAUGGUACAUCCCUUAUUUCAUGGCAGAAAUGGGAGACUUUGUUAAAUCUUAUCAUUAUUAUCAAAACUCAAAACUCAUACCAUUCAUUAAUUGUGUUCCACAAGUGCUCUCAUUGAACACUAAGAUUAUUCAAAAUUUAAAAUUGAACCUUAAUGUCACACCCUUAAACGUCUCAGAAGAUGAUUCAGAAAAGUGUAUCAUUAGUAAUUUGGAAGAAGCAGAACGAACCAAAACCCCUCUGGUUGCCUAUUUUUGGGAACCUCACCGAGUGUUUAGCAGACAACGACCACCCCAAAAUGUUAGGUUGCCAUUUAAGGGUGGUUACUAUCCACCUGUUAGACCAACCAAGCUUCAGUCCCAAGCGGUAAACAACCUCUCUCCAAAUGUUCAGCUCUUUCUUAAACACUUUUUGGUAAGAAAUGAGGAUCAAAUUCAAAUAUUGGGAGAUGUUUAUUAUGAAAAAAUGUCUAUCGAUGAUGCAGCUAAAAAAUGGCUGAGAAAUCCGAAUAAUUCGGAUUUAAUCAAAAGUUGGUUUGAAUAUCCUCCAGAUCCCAUGUAUCAAAAUGUUGUAAUGUAUGUUGGAGUGUCCUUUUUAGCAGUUGUUGUUGGAAUACUAUUCGGUUUGGUUGUAAUUGUUUUGAGCAUGGUUGGAUAUUUCUUGAGAAGACAAUUUUUGAUUAAGGAAGAGAACAAGAGAGCCCCAAAACAACCUCCUAUUUGCAUUGUAUUUACACAUAUCCACAAUGCGCCCUUGUUGUGGACUCUUGGAUUGGAUGUGAUGAAAAAAGUGAUGAAUAUUCACAAUCGAGUGGUUCGAGAAAAUAUUAAAAAGUACAAAGGAUAUGAAGUGAAAACACAUUUGGAUUGCUUUAUGAUUGCUUUUCAAUGUCCAUUUGAUGCAGUUGCUUGUUGCAUGGCCAUUCAGAAAGAACUUUUAUCUUGCGAAUGGACAACUGACAUGAUGGCCUUUCCUGACAUGCAAGAAGUGGUGUGGAAUGAACAAGUGAUUUACAAAGGCCCACGUGUUCGAAUGGGAGUGCACUUUGGGUAUGAUAUUGAGGCACAAUAUGAUUCCAGAACCAAACGUUUCGAUUAUUUUGGAACAACGGUAAAUAAGGCCAGUCGAAUUGAAAAAGUUUCAAGUGGUGGAAGAGUGUACAUCAGUGCAGAGACAUUUCACAGCAUUCAAAAUAUGACCUUUCAUGAAUUUAAACCUGCAAUAGCUGGAAGACCUUCUCUUAACAAUUUCGAAAGUAGUGUUAUCAUGAAUUUCAAACAAUCCAUUUUGAAAGGAGAAGUCACUUUUAAAAAUGUUGGAGAACGAGAAUUGAAAGGACUUGAAGGAAAACACACAAUUUAUUGGGUUAAAGACAUGACUCAACUUCGUUAUGCCUAUAUUGAACAAUUUGAAAUGUCACCACGACCUCCUUCUCUCAUGGGAAGAAUAAUUCCAGUGGCAGUCAUCGAUUCAUCCGAUAGAGAUAAGUAUGAGCUUUAUGAAGCAAUCACACAAGGUCUGUCAGAUCCAUCUCAAAUGAAAGAAGACGAGUUAUCUGUUCUUCUUCAACGAAUUAUUCUCUUUCCCAAUGAGCUUGAGAGAAAUCGAUGGAUUACCGCACCAAACACUGCCUUAUUGAGAUUUGUGACAAAUUUUAUGUUGAACUACAACCUUCGUCUUAAGAGAGAGCCACCUUCAACUCCCAAAACUCCCAAAAGACUCUUUGAAAUUUUUAAUAUCAACCAUUGA